UAUCCGAAUACCGGAAACGGCCUUCCUAUUUGGAAAAUCCUAUCCUGGUUCUGUUUCUGUGUAAGCAACUAUUGCCUUACUUGAGGAUGAGUUUUCCCCUUGCUUUGCAACAACCAAAUUCCCUUUUCUUCCAAGCAAAGCAAGACCUAUUCCUUUCAAAAUUCGUACUUCUGCAAAGCUUUAGGGGUUUAGAGAAAGGGUCUUUCUUUCUACCUAUGACGAAUAACUUCUUAUUAUCAUGGCGACAGGCAUUGUAAACCUACUUUUCCUACCUCCAGAUGAGGAGGCCUUAGGACAAACAUUCCGAAGUCACUGGAACGGCAGUGAUGUGAUCCUGUGUCAAAGUAGAGCAGUAGCGAUAGUGAAUUACUAUUCUCAUUAACAAUAGGGCCUUUCUUCCGAUCUUAUCCAAUUCGUUACGUUUUCUGAUUGCACUACUUCCUUCUAAUCCAACAAUUUGAAACCUAAUCUAUAAUAUCCUAAUCCAUUAAUGAAUGCGAUCUUCCCGUUUAUCUCCAUCUGCAGGGCUAGGAUUUCUUCUUCUCGAUAGUGAUGAGGCUAGUGCUCCUUCUCUUCUUCCCAAUUCCUGGAAGCCUUCUACUCCUCGAAACCCUGUCUUUUGUUUGAUUUAGUUACAGAUGGACUAUCAAAGAUAUUGGCUAGAGGUCAAGAUGCUGGGUGCCAUGGAUCGAGUGAUCAAAUCAGAAUAGUUUUCAAAGUGAAAUGUUGCUCCUAAGAAAACUCGUAUAGUAGUCUCAUUGGCCUUCGUCGAUGGGACAAACGCGGAAGUGUAUGCGUUACAAGGCAACUAGCAUUUUGUUUUGUCAUGGAAUGAAAGAAUGUUCUUGUUUUUCGUUGGAAAAACCAACGCCGACGUCAAGAUCAGUCUCCUUUCUCUUUUCGGGAGCAGAGCUUCAAAAGAAGGACAGUAACGAUCGCGUAAUAUCAAUUUAUCGGCCUCGUCAUCGAAAGCGGCUUCCAAUUGCUCGGAAAUUCUCAGCUAUAUGGGGGACUUUGAUGGUGAGCAAAAAGAAUUGAUCAAGAAAUUGGUAAACUUUCGCAUGAUCGAUGGUAAAAGAACGAGAGUUCGUGCUAUUGUUUAUAAAACUUUUCACCGCCUAGCUCGAACUGAACGCGAUGUAAUCAAACUUAUGGUUGACGCCGUAGAUAAUAUAAAGCCAAUAUGCGAAGUGGUCAAAGUAGGAGUCGCAGGUACUAUUUAUGAUGUUCCUGGGAUUGUAGCCAGGGAUCGUCAACAAACCUUAGCUAUUCGUUGGAUCCUUGGAGCAGCUUUCAAACGACGUAUAAGCUACAGGAUAAGCUUAGAGAAAUGUUCAUUUGCUGAGAUACUGGAUGCUUACCGAAAGAGGGGAAUUUCACGUAAGAGAAGGAAGAAUCUUCAUGGACUGGCUUCCACCAAUCGGAGUUUCGCGCAUUUCAGAUGGUGGUAAAGUGAUACCACAUAAGGAGCUCUUCCUCAUUCAGUCAUACUCAACAAAAGUCAGAAAUGUUUGACCCUGAUCCUUUUUUCAUCUUCAUAUAGAAAGAAAAUCGGCCUUCCUCAUACUCCCCC